AUUGUUCCACCGACUAUCACAAUAAAACAUAUGGCUGUAAAAAUUAUCAAAGGAUGUAUAAUUACGGAUUUUUCUUUUGACUAAAUUUUCCUUCAAACACAAGAAGAGAUAGAGAAAGAGAGAAGUGCAAACAGGAAUUCUUUGUCCAUUCUUUACCUCCCGUUAAAACUACCUGUGUCUAGAGAUGCACAGUGUCACAAAAUUUGUGGAUAAUGAUGGUGAACACUCAAGGUGAUUUUCAAGUGUAAUGAUGAAUAAACAGAAGAAGGCGUAGAACGAACGAACAGAAAAGUGAAUUAAAGCAUAAUAAUAAAAAAGGUAAUUUUAUGUGAUUCAAACAUUUGUCAAAAAAACAUAGACAAAAUGCAUGCACACACUAACACACAGGCAUAAGUAAAUCAUAAAGCCAACAAAAACGGUGCUUUCAAACAUUAUUCCCCUACCAAAGUAUGUCCACUAAAUUAAAAAUGAUAUAAUUACUCAUUAAUUCACUAGUCGAUAAAGAUACUCACAUAACAUCUCGCAGUUCACCUGUUACUUUCUUCAACAGUGACAAUUUCUGUGGGUUACUCUUAUAAAUACUACUAAUUUUGGGGAGAAGUGAACAAACCGACUAUAUCAUCUUGACUGAAAAGUUACACUGUACAAAAAUAGCCAAAUAGACACAAAAGAAAUAUAUUGAUAAUAAUGAUGAAAGUCUGUCCACAACACCUUUUCUAUAUUAUAACUGUCAGCUUGUUUAUUUGUUCCUUGAAUGGCACAACAAGCAAGAACUCAGUGAACACUUUAAAGGAAACAAGGAAAUUCUUUACAAGAAGUGUAUUUGACUUACAUAUUGAACAUUUAACUUUUAAUUUGAACACUACUGAUGACCAUUUGAAUAAAUUCUUUGAACCAACAUUUCUAGACAAAUGCUAUACACAUAUUGAUAUCAACCAGUGUUAUAUUGUUUUAGGCAUAUGUGUUGCUGAAAUUAAUUAUCUAAACAAAACACAUCAACAUAUUCCAUUGAAUAGACCAAUUCUAAUGAAAUAUCAUGAAAAUUUAAUUCAAGCAUAUAAUCGAACACCAUCAUUUUCAUGGGAAAUUUAUAAUGAUUUGUUACCAAUCGGUUGUGAAAUCGGACAUGAACAAAUAAUGACCAGUGUACUUAAUAUGAAUACGUCUACAAAUCGAUUGAAUCUAACCUAUAAUUUUAAAUUAAGCACUAUGAUAAAGCAUAGUCUGAAGUUAUUAUUCAACGUGUAUCAUCUGACACCGAAUGGAGAUUUAUGGUUAAUUGAUCAGCUGUCUACAAUAUUAUCCAGAGUUGAACUUAACCAGCCAUGGACAUUAGUCAACCUAAUCGGGAGUGAUGAUAAUUCAGUUUUAAAUACUUAUCAACAGUCUGUUAAUGAAACAACUUUAAGUUUAUUAUCACCAAGCUAUUCGUAUUUCAGUAUCUUGGUUAGAUAUCGGUAUUCAUGCUCAAUAAACUACUACGGAGAGGACUGUAAUCAUUUCUGCAGACCACGAGACUCCAGUUUUGGUCACUAUCAGUGUCAUCCACAAACAGGCGAGUUAGUAUGCAACCCAGGAUGGAUAGGAGCAAGGUGUAGUCAAGCACUUUGUAGAGCUGGUUGUAAACAUGGUACUUGUAUUGGACCGGAAUUAUGCAGUUGUAUAGACGGUUGGACAGGUUCCCAUUGUGAUCAGUGUGUUACAACACCAGGCUGUGUAAAUGGUCAUUGUCAGUUAAGUUCAAAACAUGCUAGCUAUUUACCAUUUACAUGUGAAUGUGAACCAGGUUGGACUGGAAUGCUGUGUAACAUAAAUAUGCGUACAUGUGAUGAACAUACUGAUAUUUGUCAAAAUCGCGGUGAAUGCGUCAAUCAACCUGACCCAAAUGGAAUGAAAGUAACGUAUCGAUGUGAAUGCUUGCCAGGAUUUUAUGGUGCACACUGUGAGAAAAAAAUUACUGACUGUAAAUUCCAUGGAUGCAAUAACAGAGGAAAAUGUCAGAGAGAAGGAACAUGCGUAUGUAAUGCGACAUAUUAUGGUGCAUUUUGUCAGUUCAACCAAACUACCUGUGAUCAAAAUCCUUGUUUAGGAAGUCGAUCUAAAUGUCUGAAACAAUCCAAUCAGAUAACGGAUGGGGAAAACAGACAGACGAAAUUGACUGUGAAAGAGUUCAAGUGUCAAUGUGAACAAGGGAAAUUUGGAGAAAACUGUGAAUUCGACUUGGAUGAAUGCUUGUUGAAACCAUGCCAAAAUGGUGGUUAUUGUGUUGAUAUGCCAACCGGUUAUAAGUGUGUUUGCCCUCCUCGUUUUACGGGUGCCAAAUGUCAAAUUUCACGAACAGUAUGUCAAAACAAUUCAUGUGCAAAUGGUGGUCAGUGUUUAGAUGAAUCAGUUGGCUUCCAGUGUCACUGCUUAACAGGAUGGAAAGGUUUAACAUGUCGGGAAAAUGUCAAUGAAUGUUCUGAAAUACCGAAACAAACUGGUCGUCCAUUAUGUCAAAAUAAUGCUGGUUGUCGUGAUCUCCUAGGUUCAUAUAGGUGUUUAUGUUCAUCUGGAUGGGAAGGAAAACAUUGCGAGAUACGUAAAUCAAAUCACACACAACUCCAUCAUCACUCUAAUGAAUGCAUACAUAAUAAAGUUGUGAGUGAUCCUAUAAGAAAGAAUAAAUUGUAUCAUCAUUACAAACAAUUCAUAAUGUUGUUUACAAUUCUAACAAUUGCCUUCUUUAUUGUGAUAAUCAUAUUAGGUGGAGGAAUUCUAUUUUACUGUAGUAGUUAUAAAUAUCAAAGAGUAAAAAUGUCAAACAAUCGUCAAACUUGUCAAUCUGUUAACACAAGUAUAUUAAAAACGAAUAAAGACUCCGCUCUUGAGGCAGUGAAAACAAAUGAACAUCGAAAAUUAACAUGUCAAUCACUUGCUUAUCCAAUACAUCAACAAAAAUCUUCAAACGUGGUUAAAUCUAUUCAUGAUUGGCCUUGUCUUCUAUAUGUAAAUAAUUCAUUUUCAGAUAAAGUAUUUAUGAAUAUACAAAACAAGUCUUAUGAAAAUUAUCAAAAUCACAACAGCUUAUCGUUAUACAGAACACCUCAAUGUUAUAUAGAAGAAAACAGAUAUGUAAGUAAUAACACUGAUGUGAAUCCAUUUUUAAAGUCUGAUAACACUGCUACCUAUUGUAUGAAUAAUCAACUCAGUUUAAAAUUAAAAAAUUGUCAACAUUAUGAACAUCAUAACCGCCAGCAUCAUCAUCAUAACCUUGAAACCUCAACCCAACGAUCACAGUCACUGCCAUUUGUCAGUAGACCAAACACACCACCUCCAACAUAUGAAAAUUCAAUUGGUUUGAAUAAAAUAAUCUCUGGUGACAAGAUAUAAAUGAGUUUAAAAUUAACCCACCUAUAUAACAGUGAGUGAUUAAACGAUAAGACAAUCAUUCUAUGUUUCUUUUCUGCCAGUAAACAGGUCACUUCAGUAACGUGGGACUACACGCUCUCUAUCUUCGAGAUUUCAUAUCAUAAGUUCAUAAUAAGUUUGGUAAUAUGCAUUUCUCACAAUGGUUUAUUUUAAAUGUAUGCAUAGAAAUAUGGAUACAAUAUAUUACAUUGAUGUAUUGUAUUGAAACAAAGUGAUUGUACCUGAGUAGUUAAUGAAUAUUCAUUUAUUCUACUUCAAAAGCAGAAACAUUUGAUGGUAACGGUGUAAAAAAUAUCAUUUAAAACCAGCUCUUCUUUUUUAUGUGUCUGUAUGAUUUCAUUAACUGUUGUAAUAAACCAGUUUUAAUGUAUGUACUG